AUGAGAGGUGGUGGAGUAGCACUCAAAGCCCUUCAAUGGUUCCUCCGCGGCGUCGAAUUCUGCUGCGCAGCCAUUAUUCUCGGAAUCUUUGCCUAUUUCCUCGCCAAACUCUCUACCAAUAACUUACCCAUCUCCGAUCACAUCAAAGCCGUCGAAGGUAUUUCUGGUGCUGGUUUUGUCUAUACAGCUGUUGGACUUGCUCUCCUUUGCUGUCUUGCCGGUUUCGUAUUCUUUUCCAUCAUCGCUAUUGUCCUCGAUUUCUGCUUCACCGGCGCAUUUAGCUAUAUAGCUUGGGUUACUCGAGGUGGUAGAUCAUGUACUGGAUCGGUGGCUACUCCUCUGGGUAAUGGAAUUGUCGAUACGAAUGAUAGGACCUCUGGUGUAGGAGCUGGGAGAAAUACAAGUCUGCCUAGUCUACGUGAUAGUUGUAGAUUGAACACGGCUUGUUUUGCCGUUGCAAUCGUUGCUGCUGUAUUCUUCUUCAUUUCACUCUUCGUCGAAAUAGCCCUCAUCAAACAUCACAAGAAAGAAAAGGCAUUCGGUCCCUCCCCCAACAAUGGCUACACAGCUGGUCGAUCCCGCCGUAAGUUCUGGCAACGUCAACCAGCCCGCGAUGGUGAAUACAUGGCCGGAGGAAUAGCUUCGGAAAAGCCCGACUCAUUACCUGCUCAUACUAGUCCUGACGAUGUGAGGAACUCAUACGCAACGGAUACGACAAUGAUGGGAAGAUCUCAUGAGGGAUAUGGUUCCCAUACAGGAUAUGGACAUAGUCCUGUAUCUCCCGUUACAGCUACUCAUGGUCAACAAAUUAAUGGUGUUGAUUAUCGAACGAGUUCUCCGUAUACGGUUCCAAAUGCAGCAGAGAUGCCCGCGGAUGGAUAUAGAGGGGCUCAUCAGUAUCGAACUGGAAAUGGGAAUUUUUAA